AUGCCAGAAGCCACUUGGGUGGCUGAUUCCCCUAAGACCAAAAGUCUGAACUGCUCUCACGUUGACAUGGAUGACAACGCCACCGGAGUUCAGUCUCCGCUCUUCAACAACUUCCUCCAUGGGGCCGUUGACUACAGAGGUCGUCCGGUUCUCAGAUCCAAAUCCGGCUGCUGGCGAUCUGCAUAUUUCAUAAUCGGCGUGGAAGUUGCGGAGAGAUUUGCAUACCAUGGAAUCAGUUCAAAUUUGAUCACAUACUUGACCGGACCACUGGGGCAAUCGACGGCUACGGCGGCCGAGAAUGUCAAUGUGUGGUCUGGAACGGCGUCGCUUCUUCCCCUCGUUGGUGCUUUCGUUGCUGAUGCUUUUCUCGGUCGAUACCUAACGAUUAUAAUUGCUUCUCUGCUCUAUAUACUGGCACUUGGGUUGCUGGCUCUUUCAACUUUGCUUCAUUCUGACUGUGAAACUGCCGUUGGUGCCUCAUCAUGUUCUGCUCAGCCCCAAGCUAUUAUGUUUUUCAUUUCGCUAUACCUUGUUGCAUUAGCCCAAGGCGGGCACAAGCCAUGCGUUCAGGCUUUUGGGGCUGACCAGUUUGAUUCAGACAAUCCAGAAGAAAGCAAAGCCAAAAGCUCAUUCUUCAACUGGUGGUACUUUGGACUGUGUGUCGGUCCUACAGUCGGGAUCUUUGUUCUUAGCUACAUUCAAGAUAACCUUAGUUGGGCUCUAGGCUUUGGGAUCCCUUGCAUCAUCAUGGGUUUUGCCCUGAUCAUAUUCUUGAUUGGAACCAUGACUUAUCGGUUUGGAGAGAGAACCGAGGAGAAAAGUGCUUUUAUCAGAAUCGGUCAGGUGUUUGUUAAAGCAGCUCGCAACUGGCGAACUACACAUUCAGCAAUAUCCGCGGUAGAGCAAGAGUGUGGAACCUUGCCUCAUCAAGAUUCUCAGCAAUUCAGAUUUCUCAACAAAGCUUUGGUUUCCCCUGAUGGAUCGCAAGAAGAUGGAACGGUUUGUAGCCUCGAUGAGGUUGAAGAAGCCAAGUCGGUUCUUAGACUAGUUCCAAUAUGGGCUAGCUGUUUAGGAUAUGCAAUCGUAUUCGCUCAAUGUUCGACCUUAGGUACCAAACAAGGAGCCACCAUGGACCGAUCAAUUGGGUCAAGUUUCGAGAUUCCAGCCGCCACACUCCAAUCGUUCAUCGGCAUCUCUGUGAUCAUCCUCAUUCCCAUUUACGACACCAUUCUGGUUCCUCUAACCCGAGCCGCUACCAGAAGACCCUCCGGCAUAACAAUGCUUCAAAGAAUCGGAACUGGCAUCUUCAUAUCGAUCCUUUCAAUGGUCGUUGCAGGGUAUAUCGAGACAAAACGACUCAGAACGGCUCGUGAGUACGGAUUAGUCGAUGAUCCAGGUGCGGUUAUCCCGAUGAAGAUAUGGUGGUUAUUGCCUCAGUAUCUGUUGGCUGGAGCCGGUGACGUGUUUGCGAUUGUGGGUAUGCAAGAAUUCUUCUACGACCAAGUGCCGAGCGAUCUCAAGAGCAUCGGGCUAGCGCUUUACCUCAGUGUGCUGGGGAUCGGUAGCUUUCUGAGCGGUUUUCUGAUCUCGAUUGUCAAGGAAACCACGGCUGGAAACGGUGAAGAUGGUUGGAUAUCGGAUAACUUGAAUCAAGGCCAUAUCGAUUAUUUUUACUACCUUCUGGCUGGAAUUAGCGUGGGGGCAUUUGUGAUGUAUAUAUAUGCAGCGAAAUCAUAUGUAUAUAAUUUGUGAUGUGGUUUUAUGAAAUUGUGUAAGGGCCGG